AUGAAAAAAGGCAUCUUAUCCAAGCCAAAGUUCUUGGUCCAUCUCCACAAGCUGCUCAAACGUGGCAAAAUCGCCAGCUCCAAAGCUACUGCCAAUAUCCUCAUGUUCUACCACCACCACCACCACCAAGUCUCCUCCUUAUCCUUCAAACCCUCUAGGGCGGUCCGCGAGUACGAGUUCAGCUGCAGCAACACCCCGAACUACAUCUUCCCUUUCAACCUCCCCAACAAGAAGAAAACCGGCAUUAACAACUACUACCACUACUUCUUCGCUUGCACACACGCGCCCCGUACUUACGACGAUGACAUCGCCGCCGCGAACGCUUUCAAGGUUGUUCUCGAGAUGCUUAACGACGAAAACGACGACAACAACAACGUCAUCGGAGCCGUUGUUGCCGCUUCCCCUAUGUUGCCUGAUUUCGGACAAACUCCAUUGGUGAGACAGCUUAGGGUAACGGACUCUCCUUUCCCUUUAAGCGAUGCCGAUGAAGGCAAUGACAACGUUGAUAAGGCAGCUGACGAUUUCAUUAUAAGGUUUUACAAGGAUUUGAAGCUGCAAAAUAAGGGAAUGCUGACUUCUGUUAAUAAUUUCCAUGUUUGGGGUUUUUUUGCUGUUGAUAUAACAAAUAAAUGGGAAAACUAUGUGAAAAUUAACGUUUUUGUAAUAGUUGGGUGA